AUUUACUUCAUAUCACACACUAGAUUUAAUGCUUAAUACGUAACCAUUUUGAUUCGCGUAUUAAACAAACAUUUAAAUAAAAUAAGAAGAAAUAAAAAAGUUACAUGUUAUAGCUUAUUCAUCUUCAUUGUAUAACAUUGAGAAAGAUCGGUAUUAAUAAAUCACAUAAUAAGUACGUAGUUAACGCGUUUGUGAACAGUACUUAAGACAGAGUAACAGCAAAGUAGUAUCAGCUGUAAUUUCUAACCAGCAACAUGAAUAGCGUUUUCGUUUUAACUUUAAGCGUGUUGUUCUUUGCAUUACCACAUGAAAGUACGAGUGGAUUCUUGAAUGUAUAUCCGAAAUUAAAACAGUUUUGGUUUUAUGAGAAACAGGAUGCUGGUACGCCUCUUUUUUUGACACCUUUAAUAGAAAAUGGAAAAAUUGAAGAAGCACGAACGAAAGCUGUUGUUCAACAUAAAGAGAUGGGUGAUAUUAGUAGUUACUCGGGUUAUCUUACAGUUAACAAAAAAUACAAUUCUAAUCUUUUCUUCUGGUUUUUCCCAGCCAUGCAUAAUCCAAAAACUGCGCCAGUAGUUUUAUGGUUGCAAGGUGGUCCAGGAGCAACUUCUCUGUUUGGACUUUUUAUGGAAAAUGGUCCGUUUACAGUAACUUCUAAUAAAACUUUAACAAUACGAAAAUACUCAUGGAAUAUUGCACAUAACUUAAUAUACAUUGAUAACCCAGUUGGUACUGGCUACAGUUUUACCGAUGAUGAAAGAGGAUAUGUUACGAAUGAAACACAAGUAGGAAGGGACCUCCAUACUGCUCUUGUACAGUUCUUUUUAUUAUUCCCAGAAUUACAAAAUAAUGAUUUCUUUGUUACUGGUGAAUCAUAUGCUGGAAAAUAUGUGCCUGCAUUAUCUCAUGCCAUUAAAGAUUAUAAUAUUAAAGCGGAGACAAAAAUCAAUUUAAAAGGCCUAGCCAUUGGUAAUGGAUUAUGUGAUCCAGAAAAUCAAUUAUUAUAUGGUGAUUAUUUGUAUCAACUUGGGUUAAUAGAUGAAAAUGGAAAAGCUCAAUUUCAUAUGUAUGAGGAAAAGGGUCGCAAUUUUAUUAAAGAAAAGAAGUAUGUCGAAGCUUUUGAAAUUUUCGAUAUACUCCUUAAUAAUGAUUUAACCAGCACUCUAUCCCUAUUUCACAAUUUGACUGGUUUCGAUUAUUAUAUGAACUAUUUAUUUAGUAAAAAAGAUGAUUCUGAUUCGAUGUCUGACUGGAUUCAAAAAGUUGACGUUAGACGUGCUAUACAUGUGGGUAAUAACACUUUUCAUGUUGAAACUAAAACCGUUGAGGAACAUUUGAAAGGAGAUAUCAUGCAAUCUGUAGUAUUUUUCUUGACGGAUCUUUUACAACACUAUAAAGUGCUCAUUUACAAUGGACAAUUAGAUAUUAUUGUAGCAUACCCACUCACGGAAAAUUACUUAAAACAUUUGCAAUGGUCUGGAGCAGAGAAAUAUGCGAAAGCACCGAGAAAAAUAUGGAUGGUUGGAAAUGAUUUAGCGGGAUACACGAAAACGGUUGACAAUUUAACAGAAGUUCUCGUACGAAAUGCAGGUCACAUGGUUCCUAAGGAUCAACCAAAAUGGGCAUUAGAUCUCAUUACACGUUUCACACAUAACAAAAAUUUCUAAAUACUUAAAUAGAUUAUACUAUAUUAAAUAAGUGAUAAAAGCUUUGGAUUUUCUAUCCAAAGAAUUUCUAUUGUGUUAUAUAUACUCAAUAAUAUAAGGCAAUGUGCCAAUACUUUAAAUGCUAUGCUAUAAAAACUUAGUCAUGAUAACAAUAAAUACUUUAAUAAUAAUAUAGUUAUAAUUCUGUAAUAGAAAAAUUAAUAAAUUUAUUAUAAGUAGAAAGUACAUAAAUUUUCCUAUUAAUGUAGGACUAUGUAUAAAUGAUUUGAAAUUAUAUUUACAUUGUAUAAGCAAUAAAUAUAUACUUGUAUAUAAUAACAUUAAGAGAACAGUAAUGCCUCAUGCCAAGUUUAUACGCUCAUGUAUAAAUAUAAAUAUAUUAUGCAA